AUGAAUAUAGCUAAAACAGAUGUCGAUUUUGAUAACUUGGAACGUGAGGGUAAAGAGAACCAAGAAGAAAAAUUGAAAAAUACAAAAAGGAAAAGCACAUCUUCUACUGAUGAAAUUAAUGAGAAUUCUGCAAAAAAAACUAAGAUUAUGGCCGAUUCUAUUCAAAUAAAAACAAAUAAGAUAAAUAAAACAGUUAAAAAGAACGCUCAAGACUUGAUUAUGAUUGAUGCAGACGAAAAAGAAGAUGCUGGUUUUAACUUGGAUGCUACUCCAGCUGAUUUAGUAAAAGUGAUUUCAGAAAAUGUUGAAGACGAUGAAAUUUCAGAGGAUUCUGAUGAGGAAAAUGUUUUACCAAAGAAAAUGACUCCUGCUGAGAAACGAGCCGCUGCUUUAGAAACUGAAAAAAAUAUCAUGCUCAAAGAUGAUGAAUUGCUGCAGGCUGAUCAGAACCCUCAGACACCUGAAAAUUAUGAGAGAUUACUCCUUAGCGAUCCCAACAAUACUAAGUUAUGGAUUAUGUACAUAGCUCACCAGAUGGAAGCAACUGAAAUAGACAAGGCACGAGCUGUUGCUAAAAGAGCCUUGAAGGAGAUUCAGUUGGAAGAAGAAAGGCGAAAAAUAUGGAUAGCCUUAUUAAAUAUUGAGUACUCAUAUGGCACACCUGAACAGUUCAAAGAAUGUUUAGCAGAAGCACUCAAAGUAAAUGACGAAUAUGAAAUUUAUGGAAAAGUUCUGGAUUUGUAUUCUGAAACAAAAAAUAAGACGGAGUUGGAAAAGCUUACGUAUAUGCUUACCAAGAAAUUUAAGGAAAACCCUGAUUGCUGGUUAAAAUGUCAGUCAGCACUAAUGGAAAACGAAAUGUACGACAAAGCAAGAUAUUACUUACAGAAGUCAUUGAAGGAACUUCCACCAAAAACCCAUUAUAAUCUAAUAUCCAGGUUUGCACUGAUUGAGAAUCAGUAUGGAUUUCCUGAAAAGUCUCAAGCCUUAUUUGAAACCCUUCUCACUUCUUAUUCUGAAAGGGUUGAUCUUUGGUUUGUUUAUGUUGAUAUGCUGGUCAAAUCUGGCUUAGCAGAUAUAGCAAGGAAUGUUUUAGAACGUGCAACCAACCAUAAUUUACCGUUCAGGAAAAUGAAGGCGCUUUAUCAAAAAUGGUUACAGUUGGAAGAAAGUUAUGGAACUCCGGAAAGUGUUCAACAAGUGAAGAAUGAUAGUAGUGAUUAUCUAAAUAACCUUGUGGAUAAUUUAAUGCAAUUUUCAUAA